UUUUUGAAUUAUUAUCUUUUUGGCAAACAAAUCAGAAGUAUGGUGUACGAAGUCAGCGACUCCAAGGCAAUAAUGGGUGCAGCCUUCAUCCACUACGUGGUAUACUGAGUGUUCUACGUGAUUGAUACGAUCAAGAUGCAGGAUGCAGAUGACCCUAAUCAGGAGAAUCAAGAUCCGAAUGUUAGAAAAGCGAAGGAACGAGCGGAGAAAAAGAAAAAGGAGCAGCAGAAAAAUCCUCCCAUCACUUCUGGAAAUCCUGCUGCUCCAGCUGAUAAACCCGGAGUUGAAAUGAAGGAUAUCAACCUUCAAGACAGGGAAGAAGGAAAAGCAGGAGUCGGUCCAGGACCAAGAACAGCUAAGAGUAGGAGAGAUGAUGAUGAUGACUCUGACGAAGAGGAAACUUUUGACGGCUAUGAUGAUGACGGCAAGCCAUUCUUCACUAAAGUAGUUAACAGAUUCCCAAAGACAUCAUGCUUCUAUUUCAUGAUUUUAGCAUUAGCUGCUGCCAGAGCUGCAACUCCCUUUGGAAUUGUUCUAGCUUACUUUUCUCUUAUUGGAAGAAUCAUGCAGAUCGUUGGAGCUUUUGUUGAAAAGCCAAUUCUUGGGUUUAUUGGAUAUGGGAUCACAGCUGGGCUCAUGUUCAUUUUAUUCUUUGUUAUCAUGAUCCACGAAAAGGACUAA